AUGAAAUUGUAUGGUGUGGGGGUUGGCAGAGAUUACCUAAGGACAGGAGUUGGAGAAGUCCAAGGGCUGGAGAAGCAGGUGGAUUUCUCAGACCUGGGUCCUGGGGGUUCAGUGAUGAAAACACUUCCGUAUGGAGCCGUGGGAGGGGCAGCAGGGGGUGUGGUCAAGCCUCCGUAUCAAACAAGAGUCUUCUCCACCUCCAUAGACCAGACCCCCAUGAAGACCAAGCCCCCUACGUACAACUUCUACAACCCAUACGACGGCAGGAACCAGUCUCUGCUACUAGACCAGACAGGCUACCGCUCCAAGCGCAAACCCUCGCUAAAGACCGCCAUGAAGACCAAAAAAAUCUUUGGUUGGGGGGAUUUCUACUUCAACGUCAAGACCAUGAAAUUCAGCCUCUUGGUCACGGGCAAAAUCGUGGAUCACAUCAACGGCACAUUCACGGUGUACUUUCGUCACAAUUCGUCCAGUCUCGGCAAUGUCUCGGUUAGCAUCGUUCCCCCAACCAAAGUGGUGGAGUUUGAAGUCAUACCACAGCAGCACUUGCAUCCACACACCCAACAAGAAGUCCAGAUUCACGAGACACAGCAAUCCACCGUCGACCCCAAAGAAGUGAAAACGUUCAACUGCCGAGUGGAGUACGAAAAGACCAACAGAUCCAAGAAGCCCAAACCGUGCCUGUAUGACCCCUCGCAGACCUGCUUCACGGAGCACACCCAGUCCCAUGCCGCCUGGCUGUGUGCAAAACCCUUCAAAGUCAUCUGCAUCUUCAUCUCCUUCUUCAGCAUCGACUACAAGCUGGUUCAAAAAGUGUGUCCGGACUACAACUUUCAAAGCGAACACCCUUACUUUGGAUAA